AUGGAGCUCUUUGUGUCCAAAAGAGAUUAUGCUAGAUAUUUGAAAAGAUCUUUAUUACUGGUUUUAAUAUGUGUAAUAGUUCUUGUGUGCACUGAGCAGGACUACUAUAGUUUACUUGGUGUAUCCAAAGAAGCAAGCAGUAGAGAAAUACGACAAGCAUUCAAAAAACUGGCACUGAAGUUGCACCCUGAUAAAAAUCAGAAUGAUCCAAAUGCACAUGAAAAUUUUUUGAAAAUAAAUAGAGCCUAUGAAGUACUUAAAGAUGAAGAUCUGCGGAAGAAGUAUGAUAAAUAUGGAGAGAAGGGUCUUGAAGAUCAGCAGCAAGGAGGUCGUUACGAAAGCUGGCACUUUUAUCGCUAUGAUUUUGGUAUUUAUGAUGAUGAUCCUGAAAUUAUAACAUUGGAUAGAGGAGAAUUUGAUGCUGCUGUUAACUCAGGAGAGCUGUGGUUUGUGAAUUUUUAUUCUCCUCGAUGCUCCCACUGCCAUGAGUUAGCACCUACGUGGAGGGAGUUUGCUAAGGAGAUGGAUGGAGUAAUACGCAUUGGAGCUGUCAACUGUGGAGAUAAUAGAAUGCUUUGUCGAAUUAAAGGGAUUAACAGUUACCCAAGUCUGUAUGUUUUCAAAACUGGAAUGCAACCAGUGAAAUAUUACGGAGACAGGUCAAAAGAGAGCUUGAAGAACUUUGCCAUGCAGUAUGUUACAAGCACAGUCACUGAGUUAUGGGCAGGAAACUUUGUGAGCGCCAUUGAAACUUCAUUUGCUUCUGGCGUUGGUUGGCUGAUCACCUUCUGUGCUGAGCGUGGGGAUUGCCUGAGUUACCAAACGCGCCUUAAGCUCGCUGGCAUGUUGGAAGGCCUUGUUAAUGUAGGCUGGAUGGACUGUGGCACCCAGGGUGAGCUUUGUGAUAAUUUAGACAUCUCAUCUAGUACUACAGCAUACUUUCCGCCUGGAGCCACCAUAAAUAAUAAAGAGAAAGGAGGUGUUUUGUUUCUUAACUCUUUGGAUGCCAGAGAAAUAUAUCAGGAAGUAAUGCAGCAUUUGCCAGACUUUGAAAUGAUCUCUGCAGCUUCAUUAGAGGACCGUCUGGCUCAUCACCGAUGGCUGCUUUUCUUCCAGUUUGGGGAGAGUGAUAAGUCAAAUACACAGGAAUUUAAGAAACUUAAGUUUUUACUUAAAGAUGAACAUAUUCAGGUUGGCAAGUUCGACUGUCUUUCCUCACCAACCAUCUGCAACAAACUGUACGUCUAUCAGCCUUGUUUAGCUGUCUUCAAAGGAAAAGGAACCGGAGAUUAUGAAAUCCAUCACGGAAAGAAGAUCUUAUAUGACAUUGUGGCAUUUGCCAAAGAAAGUGUCAACUCUCACGUUAUCACACUGGGACCUCAGAAUUUUCCUGACAAAGAAAAGGAACCGUGGCUUGUGGAUUUCUUCGCACCGUGGUGUCCUCCUUGUCGAGCUUUGUUACCAGAGCUGAGGAAAGCAUCAAAACAUCUUUAUGGUCAGCUUAAAUUUGGAACACUAGACUGUACCGUCCAUGAAGGGCUUUGCAACAUGCAUAACAUUCGAGCUUAUCCAACAACAGUUGUGUUCAAUCAGUCUGACAUUCAUGAAUAUGAAGGACAUCACUCCGCUGAGCAGAUCUUGGAGUUCAUAGAGGAUCUUAGGAAUCCAUCGGUGGUCUCCCUAACACCAGAGACAUUCAUUGAAUUAGUUCAGAGAAGAAAACGAGAGGAAAUCUGGAUGGUUGACUUCUACGCUCCAUGGUGUGGACCUUGCCAAGCUUUAAUGCCAGAAUGGAAAAAAAUGGCCAGGAUGUUAAACGGAUUAAUCAGUGUAGGCAGUGUGGAUUGUCAAAAAUACUAUUCUUUCUGUCACCAAGAAAGUGUUCGGGGAUAUCCUGAAAUAAGGCUCUUUCCUCAAAAAUCAAACACAGCUUAUCAAUAUCAUAGCUACAACGGGUGGCACAGAGAUGCAUAUUCACUGAGAGGCUGGGCACUGGGGUAUUUACCACAAGUGUCUGUAGACCUGAGUCCUCAGAGUUUCACAGAAAAAGUUCUGAAUGGAAAAGAUCACUGGGUCAUUGAUUUUUAUGCUCCUUGGUGUGGACCUUGCCAAAGUUUUGCUCCUGAAUUUGAGAUCCUUGCAAGGACCGUUAAAGGAAAAGUGAAGGCUGGAAAAGUAGACUGUCAGAUGUACUCUCAGACCUGUCAAACGGCUGAUAUCCGAGCCUACCCUACUGUUAAGUUUUACCCCUACCAAGGAGCCAAGAAAAGUGUUCUCGGUGAAUAUAUAGACAGCAGAGAUGCAAAAGGUAUUGCUGACGUUUUGAAUGAAAAAUUAGAAGCAAUUCAGAAUAAAGGAAAAAGAAAAAAAUCUAGAAAUAAGGAUGAACUCUAAGUGGUACUGGAGG